AUGGACGAGGAGGGGCCGGUGGAGAUCGAGGAGCUCUUCGCCCUGCUCAACCAAGGACAAGAAGCCGGCGGCCAGGGUGAAGGUCACGGGCCCAACGGAGAAGGCGCGGUUCGCGAUGGAAGUGACGCCUGCCCCGACCAGAACGUUCCAGCGAUCAACGAGGUGACGUCUUCUGGCAUGUUCGCGCUCGACGGACCGCCAGACGUCGCGGACGUGGAGAAGCUGCAGUUUGCCUGUGACGCUGUUGCCGGGGUUCGGGGCGUGGCGACGGUGGUUGUGAGCCAUACAUCCGGGUUUCGCGGGGGUGAGUUUACCGAUUCCUUUGAGGCGUCCUUCUUUGCCAGGACGUUCCCGACCCUGUUCCCAUUUGGCGUUGGGGACCAAGAAAGGCUAGCGGCGGCGAGGGUCGAGUUGGAGAGCUCGGGUAAGACGACCGAUGGUGACGUGAAGGAGCUUCUCAGGAGCCUCUCGCUUUACGGCCACCGGCAGCCCAUGUCGAGAGAGGUCCGUCUCAAUAUGCGGCGGAAAAUCCAGUCGCUCAUCGUCGGAUAUGGCGUGCCGGCCAUCUGGUUCACCAUCAACCCGAACGACAUUACGAACCCGGUGAAGCUGCGACUGGCGGCAUACCGCACACGCGAUCCCGACGCGGCCGAGGAGUUCUUAGAAGGCCUUGGGGAUGCGUAUAAGCGGGCACGGCUGGCGAUAUCGGAUCCCAUGAGCUCGGCCGUGUUCUUCCACCGCGAGAUGAAGCUGUUCUUCGAUCAUUACGUGAAGGUCGGUGAAGAGUCGGUAUUCGGGCGCAUCGGCAAAUACUAUGGCGCCGUGGAGACGAACGAACGAGGGGCGCUUCAUGUUCACGGCUUGCUCUGGCUGCACGGGAACGCGCAUCUCAGCUCGAUGCUUGCCGACAUCCACGGGGAGGAUCAGGCGGCGUAUCGCGAGCGAAUCGUCCGAUACAUCGAUAGCGUCUUCUCAGAGGCGCCAUGGAGGUUAGUCGACAAGACCGCCCUCACGGCAGACGGGGUGCUGCAGAUCCGGAGGACACACAGCAUGCGCAAGACAAUGGCCCUCAUCUAUUAUGUCACGAACUACGCGACCAAGGUGGAGGACCCGGUGUGGAAGCGUGUGGCGGCCGCGGCCGAGCUCCUGGCCGCCUCAACAGGGAACAGGACGCGACAGUUCCUGAUGAGAGUGGCGAACCGCGUGUUCACGGAGCGUCCGCUAUCACAGGUCGAGGUCGUCGCUCACCUUCUCGGAUAUCCGGCCGAGUUCACCGACAGCAGCGCGUGGGCGUACCUGAACUGUUCUCUGCUGUACUGGGAAGUCUUUCGGCGAUGGCGGCAUCUCCGAGAAGCCAGUGGCGCUGCGGCUACGGAUGACACCUUGGAUGAGUCGGUGCUCAGGCGGCCGGGCAAGCACGCUACCGUCUGCCUCGACGGCUACCUGAGCAAGGACUUCACCUACGAUGACGAGUCGUGCUACCGGAGGGCAGCCGUGCAGCAUCUUGCGCUGUUCGUGCCGUGGGAGUCCUUCCUGGGCGAAGGAACAGGUGAGAUCAACAGCAUCUGGGCGCGGGCUCGAGACGCUAUGGCCCCGAGAAUAUCAUGUCUCGUCGACAACGUGCAGCUGCUUCGACGAUCCGCCGAAGACGCAAAACGCGACGCCAAGCAAUGGGCAGCCUCGUCCGGCGAUGGCGACCCGACGGUCGCACACGUCGAGGAGGGUGGAGCAGGCGAGGCGGGCGCGGAGUCUGCAGCGACAUAUCAGCCCAACAGCAUCGGAGACGCAACGCGGCUCAUCGACGUCGUCCGAGGUGCAGUGGGAGCGAAUCAGGUGACGGCCAAGUCGCCGGAGCUCAUGGCAAUGAUACAGCAGCUCUGUCGGUUUCAGCAAUCGGCGCUGCGCUCGACGGCCGAGCUCGAGGCCACGGCGCUGAUCGAACGAGGGGAGAGGCGGUUAAGCAUGCCAGGGCGGGUAUUUUCCGGGGCCGCACUACCGCCGCAGGAUCAGGUCAAGGCUAUCAAGUCGCAGCAGUCCAUCGCUUUUCUGAUAAUAUGCCGCCAGCUCGAUUUGAUGCAGCAGACCGACGGGGCGAUGCCUGCCAGCUGCGCCAGUUCGUCGGCGGAGCGGUUCAUCCACGGCCAGUCUCGAAUGGAUUGGCAGGAGAAGGAUGUGCUCGUCAUCGACGAGGUGAGCAUGCUCGGGGCGCGGACGCUGCACGCCGUGAACGAGCGGCUUCGCCGGCUUCGCGGAUCGCGGCAAGAUUUCGGGGGGAUCCCCAUCGUCCUCUUCUGCGGAGAUUUUCAGCAGUUCCGGCCGGUCCAAGAGAGGUCGAUCGUCCUGCCUAGCGCGGCCAUCUCGUGGGACGUAGACAACUCGUUCAAGGCCGAGCAGCGUCACCAGCACGACAAAGCGCACGCACUGUGGAAGAGGUUCACGACGGUCGUCAUGCUGGACGAGCAGAUGCGCGCCGCCGGCGACCCGGAGCUGCAGAGGCUGCUGAAGCGGAUCCGUCUAGGCGUGCAGGAUCGGACGGAUCUAAACCUCCUCAACUCAAGGAAUCGGUGGAACCUGAACAUGGAGGCGAGCCUGGCGUUCCGGGUCCAGCAGCGGUCGACGAUGCGCAUUUUCAUCUCCGAGCACAAGUGGAAGGAGGAGCUGCCGACGGAGGAAGAGGCGAUCAUGAUACUCAACCAGGGCGACGAUAGCGCGAUCCCGGUGCCGGCCGUCUUCAUGUUCGUGGCCGGGAUGCCCAUCGUCGUGAACCACAACACCCACCAGGGGCUGAAGCUAGUGAACGGCGCGAGCUACUCGGCGGUGGAGGUCAUUGUCGACAAGGCGUACCCGGGGCAUCGGAUCUCGGCCGAUAUGACGAUCCACUUCGGCCGCCGGCGGGGAUCAUUCUCGAAUCGGAGACGACGAGAUAUCUCCACUUCUGCCAGCGAAAAAGGCCGUGGCAACGCAACGACGUCAGCCGAAAGGUGCGACCCGUACGGCCUGUACGUGCAGCUAUCGCGCUGCCGAACUCUAGACGGCAUCAUGCUCGUGUCCAAGGUGCGGGACAGAGACUUGGUGGGCAACCGGGUCCCCGAGGAGAUGACUGCCGCACAGGCCAGGCUCGAGGUACUGAGCGAGAGGACCGUUGAGGAGGCGUUGCGCUGGCUGGACGGUGAUGCUGAAGAGUCAAGGCGGCCGCGCUAG